UCCUUCUUCUUUCUUUCCACACGUACUUUCUCUCAAUCUUCCUCGCCUGUGAUUGCGCAGAGACGUCGCCCCAAUCUGAGCGAUUGCUUCACAGUUGCCAAAUCGCCCACCAUUCUCCACCACGUUGAUCACGCUCCUGCUUCCUCCAUGAAGUGAGACGAACAGAGCCAUCACUGCUUCGUCCCCAAACCUUCGUGGCCAUGGAGUUCAGCUCCUCGAAGCUCCUUCUCUGUGCUGUUCUCUGUUUCACCUUGUUUCCCCUUCCGCUCGCCGUGAAUCAGGAGGGCGUCGCCCUGCUCUCCUUCAAAUCAUCCGUCAGAGAGGACCCGGGCGGUUCCAUGGCCUCCUGGAACGCCUCCACCGCCGACCCCUGCGCUUGGAAUGGCGUCACUUGCCGGGAAGGGAAGGUCGUCGCCCUCGCCCUCCCAAAGAGCCGGCUUUUGGGCUCCCUCCCAUCCUCCCUCGGCGACCUCCCGGCUCUCCGCCAUAUCAACCUCCGGAACAACCGGCUUCGGGGACGCCUCCCCCCGGGGCUCUUCUCCGCCGCCGGCCUUCAAAGCUUGGUGCUUUCCGGCAACUUCCUCACCGGCGCCGUCCCUCCGCAGGUCUCCGCCCUCCAAAUCUUCGACCUUUCCGACAACUCGCUCGAUGGGACCAUACCCGCUUCGAUUGCCCACUGCAAGCGGCUGAGGGUUCUCGAUUUGAGCCACAACAACUUCUCCGGCGCUCUCCCCGUCGGAUUCGGCACCAAUCUUACGGCUAUGGAGAGACUGACCCUUUCUUACAACAGAUUGAACGGCUCGAUCCCUAGCGAUUUAGGGAACCUGUCGAGCCUCACCGGCACGCUUGAUCUCUCGCACAAUGAUUUCUCCGGCCCAAUUCCGGCGAGCCUUGGAAAUUUACCGGAGCGGAUCUACGUCGAUCUCGCAUUCAACAAUCUGAGCGGUCCGAUUCCGCAGAACGGAGCUUUCCUGAACCGAGGGCCGACUGCAUUUAUCGGAAACCCUAAUCUCUGCGGACCGCCAUUGAAGAACCACCCCUGUCCUCCUCCUUCCGCCAGCCCACCCCAAUUUCCUUCUUUCCCAAGCGAUCGAUUGCCCGUGCCUGACAGAAACAGUUCGAGCGGUCUCAGCAAAAGAUCCGUGAUUGCUAUAGCGGUCGGCGAUGCGCUCGCAAUCGGCCUCAUCGCAAUGCUCUUCUUCUUCUGCUACAGGAGGGCAAUUUCUUCCAAGAACGAGGCACAAACUGAGAACAAAAAAGGGGGCCUUUGCUGCGGCAAAGACGGAUCCGAGGUUUCCGCAGAGAACGUCGAGCAAUUCGAUCUCAUACCGCUAGACAAGCAAGUGCGUUUCGACUUGGACGAACUCCUAAAGGGAUCUGCUUUUGUGCUGGGGAAGAGCGCGAUUGGGAUGGUCUACAAGGUGGUGCUGGACGACGGCCUCACACUCGCAGUGAGAAGGUUAGGCGACGGCGGAUCGCAGAGGUUCAAAGAUUUCCAAACCGAGGUGCAAUCCAUCGGCAAAGUGAGGCAUCCCAACAUCGUUCAACUAAGAGCUUAUUACUGGUCGGCCGACGAGAAGCUUCUGAUAUACGACUUUAUUCCGAACGGCAACCUCGCCGGUGCAAUUCACGGAAGUUCAUCGGAGCUGAACUUUGCACCACUGCCAUGGAUCGUUAGACUCAAGAUCAUGAAGGGCGUUGCAAGAGGUUUGGCCUUCUUGCACGAGUUCAGCCCCAAGAAGUAUGUCCAUGGGGAUCUUAGACCCGGUAACAUACUCCUCGGGUUAGAUAUGGAUCCAUACAUAUCUGACUUCGGGCUCGGGCACCUAGCCAACAUGGCCGGAAAGGCUAGCGAACCCUCAAUCGCUUCAUCUAGUCCUGUCUGGAUCGAUAAAUUGUUCUACCAAGCUCCUGAAGCCUUGAAAUAUCUCCGGCCGUCGCAGAAGUGGGACGUGUAUUCGUAUGGCGUGAUGCUACUAGAAUUGAUUUCUGGAAGACCCCCAUCUGUUGUAAUGGAUACCUCAGACAUGGAUUUAGUUCGGUUUGUUCAGGUUUCGAUCGAGGAGAAGAGGAGCCUGUUGGAUGUCAUAGACCCUUACUUGACGCGAGAACUCGAAAGAGAAGGUGACAUUACCGCAGCCCUCAAGGUCGCAUUAGCCUGCGUGCAGUUCAAUCCCGAAAACAGACCCUCAAUGAGGCACGUCCUCGACUCGUUGGAGAGCUUGGCAAGCUAAGGUGAAGAAUGUAUGUUGCUCCCUCUCCUUGAGCUAAAGCAGUGAUGGUUCUUUAGAAUGAUCUUUGUAGAAUGAUGCAUCAAGAAAAUAAACUUCUCUCUUUGUAGUUGAAAAUGCAAGCCUACUUUGAGACGA